ACGCGGUCAGACCGGCAGCUCCCUCCCGACCACUGCCAGGUUUCAGCCUUCUGUGUCACAACCCGCUUCAUCGUUUUCUCGCUUGGACUUUCCGUCUCUCGCCGCUCGUCUUGUUGUCUUCUCGCCUUCAGUUUCUCAUCUUAAGGGAUUUUUUUUAUUUUCUUUUACCACCCCUACUAACCAGUCUUGAUUCUUCUGUUCCUCCGUCUCCAGUGAUGUCGUCUCUUCUGAAGGAGGAGAUGCAGAGAGUUUUAUUCCGACCUUCGAAACAGAGACUGGUGGAGUUUAUUGAGAUUGAGGAGCCAUUGGGCGGAAGACAUUUUCUCUGCGUCUCAGCCGCUAAAGGCAAAGUGGUGCAGUUGAGCAUAGUGCGAUGUCAGAUAUCUCAGGCGCCCCUGAAGUCUGGCUCCAAGAAGUCCAGCACCAAACGCUCCAGCAUACAGGAGUGCUACCGGAGGACGGAGGUCUGGUCCCUGCAAGACCUGACUCUGGUGGACGGACGAGACGCCGAUGUGGAUGACCCCUGCUUCCUGCUGCACUUUGACAAGGUGCGCACAGUGACGGCCACCAGCUGCUCAGCCAAAUACGCUUUUGUGCGAGCCCUGGUGGUGCUCAGCGACCAGCACUGUCAGCGGUCACUGAACCUGACGAACUUUGACUGGGCCUACAUCAAGCCCACCUCCUUUUACUCCAACAGAGGAGACUGUGUGGUUUUAUCACAGAUAUGCUUCUAUGCAUUCAAUCUUGUAUGUCUGUCCAUGUGUCCCGUGCCCCUGGAUGCAUAAUCAAAUGACACAAUGAUAGUUUGUGUUUUUGUGUGUGUGUGCCAAGUGAGGUAUGUGUGUGAACAAAAACAAAGUAAUGCAUAAAACUUGCUGGUUGGUGGAUUCUAAAUCACAUUAAAGUUGUUUGGAUGAUGAGUUAUUCCCAGUUAAAUGUCUAUUACAUUUAUAUUCUGCUGUUCUAAAUUUAAACAACUUGGUAUUUGUAACUCUCUAACCUUCUUUUGUGAUCUUUCCAUGUAUCCUUUUCUUUUGGGCUGUAGAGAACAGACCAAAUCAUGUUUUUUUGUAGGCCAACCUGGAAGUAGCAUCGCCAUGAGGUCUAUGGAGAAUUUGCCUAUGGGAUUUUUUAGAUCAUUGUAGAAAAUAAGCUCUGUGGCAAACACACGUUUAUGAUGAGUAGGCGUUUUGUUCAGCAGGAUAAUCUUCACAGAUGAACGCCAUUUUUAUGAUGUUUGAAGUGU